AUGAGUCAUCCCGGCUGGGUGAUGGUUUCAUUUCUGACGGAAUUGCUGUCGCAGUCCUCGAAAGGCAUCGCCCAAUCGCUGGACAACUGUGCAAAUGACACCGAAAUCAUCAAUGCACUUCUCAAGGACAGCUACAACAAGGUGAGUUCGAUUAGACGAUCAGUUCGUAAAACUUGCGUUCGAUAAAACGAACCCGUUUUGAGCUCAAUGUGAAACUGAAACUUGCCGACUUUUAUUGGGAACAUUUGUCUUGCAGCACUACAUUCCGUCGCAUCCGACGCACGUCCGAGUGGACAUGUGGGUGCAAGAAGUGACUUCCGUUUCAGAACUCACACAAGACUUUGAGAUUGGUCCGCCCAUUUCACUAAUCCUGCAUAAACACGCCUUUGUUUCAGACCUGUAUAUCAACGAAUUCUGGGAGGAUCCGGCACUGGUGUACGAGGACAUGAACCCGUGCAAACGGAACAUUUCGUUCGACGACAAAGUGCUCCAGAGACUCUGGAUACCCAACACGUGCUUCAUUAACUCAAAGAAUGCGGCGAUUCACGAGAGUCCCUUCAGGUACGUUCAAUUUCCCGUUUCAAAAAGCUCUGUUCCCUUUUCAGAAAUGUCUUUUUGAUGGUAUUUGCGAAUGGAACACUUUGGACGAACUAUCGAAUGAAACUGACGGGACCGUGCGACAUGAAGCUCAAGAGAUUUCCGUUUGACAAACAGAAAUGCUACCUCACUUUUGAGUCGUAAGUUUUAUUGCAUCGUGAGUCUAGUAAGACAAGAAGAAUGACUUUAGUUUCAACUACAACACCGGAGAAGUGAGAAUGCAAUGGAAUCAACCGUAUCCGGUCAUUCUGCUGAAAAGAAUCGAGCUUCCCGACUUCAAACUUGUCAAUUUCAGUGUGAUCGCAGUGGAACAGGUCGGUUUUGAAGUGUCGUUUGGUCUCCAACUUUUCAGUUUCACUUUCUGAUAUUCAUUAUUUCUGAUAUUCAAUUCAUUAAUUCUCUGUGCUCACUCCGAACUCCUCGUAUGAUGUUGUGUUCUGUUCAGAUGUACCCGGCCGGAUGGUGGGACGAACUGACCGUCGCGUUCGUGUUCGAGAGGCGCUACGGAUGGUACGUACUUCAAGGGUAAGCGUGACUUUUGUUGCCUUCUUCGUGAUUUCAUCGUUGCAGAUACAUUCCAACAAUGGUGACCAUUGUCAUCUCGUGGAUUUCAUUCUAUUUGGGGCCAAGGUCGGUUUCUUUUCCGUUUCUAUUUGAGCUCAUUUGUAGAAAAUGACUAGUGUUGGUAAUCAGACGUGUGACUUUUUUCAGCAACAAAUUUUUGAAAAUAAGUACCCAAAGUCCCAAAUUUUAAAGAGACCACGAGACCGGAUUAUCGAUUUUUCGAGCGGCACUCGAAUAAUUCGACAUUUUUGUGUCAAAUCUUGAACAUGAUUGAAAUUUGGGACUAGAAAACCCUAUCUGUCGUGUGCUUUUUUGGAAAAUUCAGCAAAAUUCGGGGAAAUUGUAUUGUAGAGUUCGAAAAAAAAACCGAUGCUCUGAGGGUCGACGAUUCAAUACAAAAGCAUCAAAAACCACUGCUUUGCAGAGCGAUCCCAGCUCGAACGAUGCUCGGAGUGAACUCGCUGCUCGCAAUGACUUUCCAGUUCGGCAACAUCAUCCGCAACCUGCCACGUGUCUCCUACGUGAAGGCGAUCGACGUGUGGAUGCUCUCCGGAAUGCUCUUCAUCUUCCUCUCUCUUUUGGAGCUCGCCGUCGUCGGAUUCAUGUCCAGAAACGAUGGAUUACCCCCCAAAGUGAGCACUUUCUCGUGGUUCUUCUUCUAUUGUCGAAUAACUUUCAGAUAAAAAAGCGAAAGCGACAAGAGGAGGACGACGAGGGAUUCUCGUGGAAGAGCAUGCAAACGAGUCCCCAUUUGGAGCUCAGACAGGUACAGUAAUCCCUGCCCGAGAUGACGUGCCAAUCGGACAUUUUUCAGUUCUGGGUCGACAAGCGAGUCAAUUCGCUGCGGAACAACAGUGAAGUGCCGCCAGUCGAGGAUUAUGUGAGUUUUGAACAUGUUUCACUACUAUUUCAUGUUUUCAGGCGCCAAUGGAGCUCGAGCAACCGUAUCCGCACAUUUCGAAGCGGCGGGAGAAGAGGAAAUGGAUGAGUGGGCUGCGGAAAAAAUGGAGAGCGAUGAAGGAGCUCCGACCGGAAACUGUCGACUUUUAUAGGUGAGAAAAUGAAGUGGAAGAGCUGAAGAUGAGAUGGAGAAGCAGUAAAAUUUGAAUUUCCGAGCACAUUCUACAAUGAAUGGACCACAAUAACUGCGAUUCAAAAGUUCCCAAUGAAACCGUCGAAUUAUUUCAGCGCAAUAUUCUUCCCGACGGCGUACAUGCUUUUCAACAUUUCGUAAGUGCCCCCCUCGUCCGUUUUCGGCUCACCCCGGUCCCGAUCGCUUUCAGAUACUGGAGCUUCUACCUGACAAGUCUUUCCGAAUACUUUGACGACGAUGUGAACAGUGUCGAGCAGCCGUGA